UGCGAAGGAGAGAGGGUCGUAAGGAGACUCGGGGCUAGGGUCGCGGAGGGAGUCGGGGAGUCUCAGGUUCUUGGUAGCGUGUGGUAAUUGAGCGGGGUUUGCUUGUCCUGCCGGGGGCUUCCGGGACAGGGCUGGCUUCUAGGGGUUUUGUAUUUGUUUUUCAAAGGGGAGAAGGUGUAAGGAGGGAAGAGAAUGACAGAAUACUGACUGGAACGCUAAUUGGAGAUUUUCAAAUGGGAAGAGCAGAAUAAUUCCAUAUUCUUCCUUCAGUUGCUCCAUUAGGCAGGCUGACUUCUAUUUUGAAUUCUCAACUUUGAAAUCAGCCAGUGUGUUUGGCAGAUAUUGACCUAAUUUAGGGGUUAGAGUUUGAGCCAAUUUAAAUGCAUUUUACUUAGGGCCCACAAUACAACCACUGUUUACGAUGGAACUUCUGCUGAAAACCUGUGUACUUAGAAGAAAUGCAUGUACUGCGGUUUGCUUCUGGAGAAGCCAUGCUGUACAAAAGCCUUCAGUUAAAAAGAUUAGUACUACCUCUCCAAGGAGCACCGUCAUGCCCGCUUGGGUGAUAGAUAAAUACGGAAAGAACGAGGUGCUUCGAUUUACUCAGAACAUGAUGAUACCUGUCAUACACUAUCCAAAUGAAGUUAUUAUCAAAGUUCACGCCGCGAGUGUAAAUCCUAUAGAUGUUAAUAUGAGAAGUGGUUAUGGAGCUACGGCUUUAAAUAUGAAACGUGAUCCUCUACAUAUUAAAACCAAAGGAGAAGAAUUUCCCCUGACUCUGGGCCGGGACGUCUCUGGGGUGGUGAUGGAAUGCGGACUUGAUGUGAGGUACUUCAAGCCUGGAGAUGAGGUCUGGGCUGCAGUUCCUCCCUGGAAACAAGGCACUCUGUCAGAGUUUGUUGUAGUCAGUGGGAAUGAGGUCUCUCUGAAGCCCAAAUCACUCACUCAUACUCAAGCUGCCUCUUUGCCGUAUGUGGCUCUCACAGCCUGGUCUGCCAUACACAAGGUUGGCGGCCUGAAUGACAAGAAUUGCACAGGAAAACGUGUUUUAAUCUUGGGUGCUUCAGGUGGAGUUGGUACUUUUGCUAUACAGGUAAUGAAAGCAUGGGCUGCUCAUGUGACAGCAGUUUGCUCUCAGGAUGCCAGUGAACUUGUAAGGAAGCUCGGCGCAGAUGACGUAAUUGAUUACAGAUCUGGAAAUAUGGAAGAGCAGUUGAAAUCUUUAAAACCGUUUGAUUUCAUUCUUGAUAAUGUUGGUGGAUCCACUGAAACGUGGGCUCUAAAUUUUCUCAAGAAAUGGUCAGGAGCCACGUAUGUGACUUUGGUGACUCCUUUUCUCCUGAACAUGGACCGAUUGGGCAUAGCAGACGGCAUGUUGCAGACAGGAGUCACCAUGGGUUCUAAGACGUUAAAGCAUUUUUGGCAAGGAGUCCAUUAUCGCUGGGCUUUUUUCAUGGCCAGUGGUCUAUAUCUAGAUGACAUCGCAAAACUGGUGGAUGAGGGAAAGAUUCAGCCAGUUAUUGAAAAAACCUUCCCUUUCUCUAAAGUUCCAGAAGCCUUCCUGAAGGUAGAAAGAGGACAUGCGAGAGGAAAGACUGUAAUUAAUGUCAUUUAAAUAAACUCUCAGUUUGGUGAUUGUUGGCUCUUAUUCGGUGAGUGCCUCUCAGCCCCAAAUUUCUAGUAGCCAUCACUUUCCAGAUUAGAUGAUGAGUUCCGUGAUACAAGUUUAAAAAUACACCUAUUUGCCAGUAAUUUCUUGUUCUUUGAACUGAGCACAGAGUCAUUUUCUAGCCAUACCACCACCCUCUGCACGUCACCCUGCUCGACAUCCGUGCAUUCUUGUUUGCCGAGAGGUCCUCUGACCCAAGCACCAGGGACACACAAGUAAGGAAGACAUUACACGAAAAUAUCCACACUUGGACUUGUCUAUAAAGUCAGCGAAAAUUGCAUUGUUUUUUUCAAGCUGUUUUUCACACCAGAUUUGCACAGUUGUGGCAUCUUCUGUUCUAGUAGCUCAAAGUCUUUUAUUAAUGUUUGUGAGAUACUAAAACUUUUGGCAUAUGGGUGGAGGGCAGCAUGAAGAACUUAAAGCUACUUCUUAAAAAAGUGCUCACUGAUGAAUCCAACUGGACAAGGCUUCCUUUGCUUUACUGUGGUCGUAACCACCCUCAAAGUUGUAAAUCUCUUAGGGUCACAUAUAAAAAUCUAGCUGAUUUGGUUGUUUAGUCUCAAGGAAAUGGAAGGUGAUGGUAAAGUUUCUAACUUUUUAAAACCCUUACAUUUAGCAUGAGGGCUAGGCCUCUUUUACCAACUAAAACAUGCUCCUCUGAGGACUUGUCCGUGGAAAUUGCAACCCUUCUCCAGUUUCUCACCUUAAAUGCCUGUACUUAGUUAUCUCGCCAGUAAGCCCAUUGCAGCUUUUGAAUCUCUAGUCUGUGACCUUCAUUCAAGGUAAGUGUUUAUUUCCUAUGGCAUUCCUCCUCGCUCCUGCACCUUAGAUACUAAGCUUUUAGCUUUGGACAUGGACUUGAGUAACCUGAUACUCAGUCUGUGCCUAUUACACACUCAUUUGGUAACCCUGGAUGAGGGCUUUUCUCUGGAAUUGCUGGUCUCACCGGCACAAAUACAUUUUAAGAGAAAGAAAGUGGUGUUCUCGUCAGUACCGGCCACUUCUGACUUCCGUGUGAACAGUCCCAGCACUUUUCUUGAGGGCACCGGGGUGGUAUAGCGAGGGGAGGGAAGGCCUCACUUACCCUCAUGUCCUCUCUCUUCACCAAGGAGUCUGGAAAGAAACUUUUCCCCGCCGUUAUUCCAGCACUGCCUCCUCCCCCGCAGUCAUCUGUGUCUAAUCUGCCCCAGUGAAGCGUUGGAAGGGCUACUGCAAGGACGCUCGCACAUCUCCUCAAUACAGUUAACCAGAAACCAGUUUAUUCAAAAUAAAUUCAAAACAGGCUACUGCAACAUGACCCCAGCACACUGUAGUGAUCCGCACAGAGGCCUAAAAUCGGAACUCCACAUCAUCUAAGAACAAGACCUGUUGGCAGCCGUUGGACACGUGCAGGUGUUCCUUUAAAACCCAAGAUAAGCUACUGACCACAACUGCCUAUCCAAGCCUCCAGGGAGGAGCAAUGGUUAGGAAGUGGAAACACUGGAACAGAUAAAAAGGAAAUGAGAUUUGUUCUUCCUGUGAUCGGAGCACCAGUAUUAUUAACAAGGAUAAUGAAAUAUGGACAAAAGGGGGAAGAGUCUAUCCAAAGAAUGUUUAGCAGUUUUGUUCAAACGAGAAUACACUGUUUGAACUUAUGGGUCCGUGUAUUGUCAGCAGUUAAACUAUUUCAUUUUUCAUUGAGAUGCUGCAUUUUAGGGUUUUCAGAGUUCUAAAAUUUGACCAGCAUUGCUUAAGGCCUCCUUUCGUUCGCGUUCUGGAGAGAAUUGCUGGUCGUCAUCUUGAACCUUCCACCUCUUUUUACCGCUACCAGAAGGCAGUGGCCGCACUCCAUGCAGGCCUUGUGCCAAUGCAGCGGGAUAGGAAGGCAGGAAAUUAGGCUAAAGACCUGAGUUUAGCGAAGGAUUAUAUAACAUUUACUUUAGAACUAAUCGUAGAUGAGAGGAUAGGCUAGUAAAUUAGGUCACGGUAACACUGUUCCGUAGCAUCUGUAAGAAAAGCAUUAAACACCACUUAUUUGUGACAUUCUAGGCCAGCCCACAAGUGGGUUAAAAUAAUCCAAAUGCUGCUAAUGUUAGCAGACCUGACAAGAAAUCUUAUAAAUUUAUUAACUUUUAGUACUAAGAAAAUACUAUUUUGUUUACUUAAUUCCUUAAAGUGUCAUAAGCCUUUCCCCACUUUGCUACAGAGCAUAAUUGAUUACAGAAAACAGUAGGACCAAAAUUAUUGGCCUGAUAUUUCUUCUCAGAUGCUAAAGUCUUCUGCCUUACAAACUUGAGCUUUUUUCAUUCCCUUUACUUUUUUUGAAUUUUUUUUUUUUUUGGUUUUUUUGUUUUUUUUU